AUGUCGCACUACCGAAGCACCCCUAUCUCUCUUCCAUCGAUCCCUUCCCCUCCCAUCGCUAUUCAUGUAGAAGAAGUGAAAGAGAUUGAAAUCUCCGAUUUGAUGGGCAUCCCUGAUGCGGGAAGAUACAUUCAUGACUUCGACGACCAUAUCGAGGAACUCAUGGAGAAACUCGACCCUCUUCCCCCUUUUCCAAGCCCCUCCCUACUCCAUUCCGUCGACCUUUCCCUCCUACAAACUGCGACUAUUCGGUUUGCUCUUCUGCCUGGAACACUUGUGGCAGAACAGCUCCUUGAAUUAAGGGGCGCGGUAAUCAACCUAAACGGAUGGAUGGUCCUUGACCCCCAUCAUCUCGCACUCGCACAUAAAAUAGUAGGAUUUCGAGGACGAUAUAUUCAACUCAGGUUGGAGAUCUUUCCCAAUGGGAAACCACGGCGAUUCCCUCUGGCAAGGGAAAUGUGGAUAGACGCCAAGAGCGUCAAAUUGGGAUGGAAAGAUCGGAUCCGCGUGGUUUUGGCCAAAUGUCGUGAACCGCAUUUCAACUUCGUCGCCAAAUAUUGA